UGCUUCCAAGUUGAUAAGACGAUAGGCAAGUUGGAGCCGAACUCUUGGUACAUCAUUCAUCUUACAACGUCCGUCAUCAGAGACCGUCUCAUGAUUAUCAACUGACAGUUCUGUCAGAUUAAAAAGGCAAAACACGAGGAUUUCGUUCGCCGAGAUCAAUAUGCUACUUAAAAGCUGCUUUAAAACAAAAUGCUUGCUGUAGGAACCCUGGGAGAUAAGGAUGCCAAGUUCUAUGCUAUUUGCUGUUAACAAUGAAGGGCGUGUCUAUGGGUUAUCAACUAAUGGAAGAAACUGGAGAGAAUUUCCUUAUCUUGGAUUGGACUUCAAGCAGCUGUCUGCAGUUCCCAACUUUCUUUGGGCUGUAGGCAGCGACAGCCAGAUUUAUGUGCAUGUUCAUGGUCUUGACAUCCCUAUCAGGAUAAAAGAAGAGGCCUUUGAGAACCAGAGAUGGUAUCCUUUGGAAGGGUUUUCUAGCAGACUUUUACCGACGGAUCGAUACCAUUUUUCAAGCGAAGAUGGCCUCACUGAGAGGUCGCUUGAAAAAAUACGCGUUCCUUCUAUGGCCUGGCAAUGGGACAGCCCUUGGAGGAUUGAGACUGUUCUCAAUGGUGAACCCCUGGAUCAUGAUGGUUGGACUUACGCGGUCGACUUUCCGGCAAUAUUCUGUAGUACAAAACAGUGGACUUCAUGCGUGCGAAGGAGAAAAUGGGUGAGGAGGAGAAAAUAUUGUGCCAUGAAUUCUUGGUGUGCAGUUGCCCCUUUACAUCAUGACCCAACGAAAGAGCCUUUCAUAGAUGUAAGUGUUGGUGGGCAAGCAAUGGUUGAUACUUCAGACAGUUCUUUGCUGGUUUGGGCAGUCACAGCUCAAGGAAGAGUCAUGCUCAGGAAAGAUGUGAGCUAUACAUGCCCUGAGGGAACAAGAUGGGCUGUUGUACCGACUCCACUUGGAUGUGAUGUCAAAAGUAUCAGCUGUGGAGCAACAGGCAUGGUCUGGGCUACACUGUGGUCAGGGAAAGCUCUCAUCAGGCUAGGCGUGACGCCAUCGACUCCCCUGGGCGAGACCUGGGUUGAAAUAAGCCCACCAGACAACUUAAAGCUGUCACAUAUAUCUGUCGGUUCCAAUUCCGUGUGGACUGUGAGUUCAGAGAAGAGCGUCUGGUUCCGGAAAGGCGUUAAGGGCGAUUGCAAUGCCAGUGCGGAACUUGCUAAGGGGACAGGUUGGGUCGAAAUGGUUGGAAAUAUGUCCAUGAUCUCAGUAACAUCGGAUGACCAGGUUUUUGCAGUGGGAAUAGAUGACAGAAGCUUAUAUUUCCGAGUUGGCGUCUGCCCUUCAGAACUGACCGGGAAAAGAUGGCGCAGUCUCCAGGCUGCUGUGCAGAUAAGCCGGGCGAGUAGCAUCGCGAGUAAUUUUAAUUAUAAAAGCUCAGCGUCUUUGAACAACUCGUUGGGAAGUAAUGAUAAGUAUGAAUGGCUGGAGUCGCGAUCAGCACCGACUUCACUCAAGGUGAAGCCGGAUUGGCAGAAGCCAGUAGCUACUAGCCUACCCGCUUCAGAAGGAAGCAUCGAAGAGCCUUGUUUUAUUAAUAGAGGAUCCGCUGAGCCUAAACAGGAAGAACAAAGUCGCAAGCUUACUGCUUGGAGUCCUAUAAGAAGUGUAGGUUCAUUGUUAGGGCUUGAAGCAAAUCCUGAGAUUGAUCCUCAUGCUGAAUGGGAUGGGGUUGUUUAUCCGGAAAGAGAAGGAACGUGUGAGCCAGGUUGGUCUCAGGCUGACACACUCUGGUCGUGCGUUGAAGCCGGUGCCCUUUCAUUAAACUUAGAAAAUUUGCCUAAUUGGUUUGUAGAUUUAAAUCCAUCUACUGGUUUUGAGAUGGCACCGUGGCGUGGUAAAAUAUUAAAUGCAAUAAAAGACUGCCAUAAAAAAACUAUGAAUGGCUAUGAAUCUAUAGAAGUAGCAAUUGAGAUGACGUCAUGUGUUAAAUCUGUGAUAUGCCGUUGCUGUAUCCCAGGAGAGGAAUUAUAUGAUGAAUGCUGCCUGGAACUAGAAUGGAUCGGAAAUAAGGCUUCAACUGUCGAUACUUCCACUGUCUCCGUAUUUUCAAAUGACAAGACGAUUACAAAAUGCCAAUUGUCAAUGAGUGAGAUCGUCUGCAUGGCGUUGUGCAGUGAACCGGGCUGUCCGCGAAUCGCAAUUUACACUCUCGAAUCGGCUGAAAAGGAUAUCCCGCCAUUGAAGCUUCAGUUCAAUGGUGAUGUCGACCUGGAUGACUGGAUGGCCUAUUUGUCAUCGAUUCAUGCGAAGCUAGCUGACAUUGAAGGUCCACCAGGAGCAUCCAGCAUCUGGGCAACUACAAAGCUCGGUGAUGUUUAUGUGUUUGAUCACUCAACAUUGCAAAGACAACAAGUCACUGGUGAUUUGUACUCUAAAGAGCUUCCUUGUAAAGGCCAAGAGAUCCCUUGGAAACAUUUGCUAAACAACGGCUUCCCGGCUGGCUCAUCACUUGUCGUAACUGGUUUCCUUCCUGAAAAUUUGGAUAGGUUUUCGGUGAAUUUAGACUGUGGAUCGGAAACGACGGUCGCUCUUCAUUUCAACCCGAGGUUCUCUGAAAAAAUUGUUGUGAGAAACUCAAUGGAAAAUGAUACCUGGGGCACUGAAGAAAAAGAAGGCCAUCUUACACUUACACUCGGUGGAGAUUUUACAAUUUUAAUACUCUGUCAAGCUGAUGGAUUCAAGAUUUCGUUAAAUGGAAUGGUUUUCACAUAUUUUAUGCAUCGUCUUGAGCCACAAAAUAUCACUCAUGUUAGAGUAGUUGGAGACGUCCAAUUACACAAAGUCGUUUACAAUUCCAAAGAAGUUAUUGUUCCUUUGAACGAGAUGGUCUGGAAACAAAUGGGCGGACAUUUGGUCAUGGUGGAAACGUGUGCGGCCGGAGUCACCUGGGGGAUAUCUGCGGACAACACUCCGUACGCUUAUACUGGUGGAUGGGGCGGUAUGUUCCUCGGAGCUUUGCAGGAAAGCAGUGCCGGAAUAAAUCAGAUGACAGACAAUUAUAGCUGCUACGUUUAUGAAAACCAAAGAUGGAAUCCUUUAAACGGCUUUACAUCUAGAGGACUUCCAACAGACAGACCGAGUUGGAGUGACUCAACAGGCCACCAUAAAAGAUACAAAGACACUACACGCCUUCUUUCAAGACAUUGGCAAUGGGUGAGUGACUGGGCCAUUGAUUUUCGGACACCAGGCGGAGUCGAUAGUGAUGGAUGGCAGUAUGCAGUUGAUUUUUCGACCAGUUACCAUGCUAACAAAACCAUGACAGACUACGUAAGGAGAAGGCGGUGGGUUAGAAAAUGCAAGUUGACCACAUCUGGGCCCUGGGUCGAAGUCGGCAACACAAAAGUCAUUGAUAUCUCUCUACAAGUCUCAACAGGAAGAGACGCUAUUUGUGUCUGGGCUGUCGGCUGCAACGGUGACGCUCUUUUCAGGAUGUGUGUCUCAACAUCAAACCCUAUGGGUGAUAGCUGGGAGCAUAUCCUCUGUGAACAACCACUUAUCAGCAUCAGCUGCGGUUGCGGUAAUCAAGUGUGGGCUGUCACCAGAAAUGGAUCUACUUACUGGCGGUUUGGAAUCACAACUUCUAACCCUCAAGGUGAUGUGUGGGAAAGUGUUGAACCGCCCAAAGGCUCAAUGGUAAAGAAAGUGUCUGUCGCUCGCUGGGCAGUCUGGGUAUUGGACAGCGACGGACAGCUUUUCGUGCGUAGAGAGGUCACCCCCGUUUUCCCAGAGGGGACCCACUGGCAGCCCAUCAGUCAACCGGGCUUCGACAUUUUCCGCGAUAUAUCUGCAAGUGGGGAUGAAGUCUGGGCGAUUACCAUAUCCGGCACCAUUUGCCGAAGGACUGGCGUCAGUUGUGACAAUCCCGCUGGCUGUUCUUGGAUCCGAGGCCUUUCUGCUAACUGGGAGGCAAUAAGUGUGCGCAGUUACACAUCGAAAACACUUCCUAGGAAUAGGUAAAUUUUUCUAAGUGUAUAUAUCUUAUUUAAAAAUCCUCGUUUCUAAUAUGUAAAUAUUUAUUAUUGAUCUGUAUUCUUAAAUGUCAUAAUUAAUGUUAUCAACUCUGCCUAAGCUAUUAUAUUUAUUGAAUACACACAAUUUAUGUUUA